CGACGGAGAGUAGAAGGGGGCGGGACCCUGGACGGAGGGGCGGAACGGGCCUUUUAUCCCUCGGGUCACGCGCGGCAGGAAGUGGCGCCCAAGGCAGCGUAUUCGAGAUGGGGACCACCCUGGACAUUAAGAUUAAAAGAGCGAACAAGGUUUAUCACGCCGGGGAAAUGCUCUCCGGGGUAGUGGUCAUCUCUGGGAAGGAUGCCAUCCAGCACCAGGGAGUCUCCUUGACUGUGGAAGGAAGUGUGAACCUCCAGCUGAGCGCCAAGAGUGUGGGUGUGUUCGAAGCAUUCUAUAAUUCUGUUAAGCCUAUCCAGAUUAUCAACAGUACCAUCGAAAUGGUGAAGCCAGGGAAAUUUCCCAGCGGCAAAACAGAAAUUCCUUUUGAGUUUCCUCUGCUUGUGAAGGGUAACAAAGCUCUGUAUGAGACUUAUCACGGCGUGUUUGUCAACAUUCAGUACACCCUGCGCUGUGACAUGAGGCGGUCUCUGUUGGCCAAGGACUUGACCAAGACCUGUGAAUUCAUCGUUCACUCUGCUCCUCAGAAGGGGAAAUUGACUCCGAGUCCCGUGGACUUCACUAUUACACCUGAAACCUUACAGAAUGUCAAAGAGAGAGCCUUGCUCCCCAAAUUUCUCAUCAGAGGACAUCUCAACUCAACCAGCUGUGUCAUCACACAGCCACUGACGGGAGAGCUGGUGGUUGAGAGCUCGGAGGCCGCCAUCAAGAGCAUAGAGCUGCAGCUGGUCCGCGUGGAGACGUGCGGGUGUGCAGAGGGAUAUGCCCGUGAUGCCACCGAAAUUCAGAACAUUCAGAUCGCUGACGGGGACGUGUGUCGGAGCCUCUCCGUCCCCAUAUACAUGGUCUUCCCCCGGCUGUUCACCUGCCCGACGCUGGAGACCACCAACUUCAAAGUGGAGUUUGAGGUUAACAUCGUGGUGCUGCUGCACCCCGACCACCUCAUCACGGAGAACUUCCCGCUGAAGCUGUGCAGGACGUAGCCCAGGCGGCCGCACGGCGCCCAGGCCCGCGGCGUCACACUCGUUACAUGAUGACUCUGUAGCAGAAGUGCGUCUGACCCCUCCGACCACGGGGCCCUUCCUCAUUUCCUCCAGGCUUCUGCUGCCGGCGGCGCCUCUGGUUGGAGCUUUCCUUCCACAUUCCUCGGGACUGCUUGACUGUACUGGCAAGACCGUCUCCCAGAAAGCGGAUUUCCUGUGACUCCUGACUCACCUGCUCCUUUCUAGGUUGAGGAGACAGUUGUCAGAGAGUUCCACCUCUGCUGGGAAGUGAGGUCAGGGACGAGGGAAACCUCCUGACUGGUCCACGGAUGUGGCCGGGACUCCGGGCAGCAAAGCCACCUCGCAGGAUGGUGACAGGCGUCUGCGGACGCCCACUGGGGAGGGUGCUCGUGGCGUCGGCUGGCAAGUGUAACGUGUUUUCCACUCUGCUCUCUUUUGUAACGUUUUUUUUUAACGACUUCAGAACUUUUAGGAAACUGGAAAACGUGGUCCUUGCUCUCAGGAGUGAGGGGAUUUGGUGACUACGCUGGUGUGAGGGUACUUCUGAAAUCCUUGGUGUGAAAUGGCGUGGGCUCUAUUCCCAGAAUCGUUAAGUGUGAAGGUGUGUUGGGGUGAAAAGGCGUGUCUGUGCCUGUUGUCGGCUGGGUUCUGAGUGGCAGGAGACCUUGGGCGCCGAGUGAAGACCCCGCUACACUGGGUGGUGCCAGGAA